UGGUGCUUGUUUCGGUGCUGACAGCUCAUUGCUGAAUUCGCUACGAUGGAAUAGACUGGAUUAUAUGUACUUUUACCAAGACGUGGAGUCAGUUACGUGGAGAUAUGCCUGUCCACUGACAGAUAAGAUGGACACUCUAUGAGAAGGCUGCCGCCACGUUUCAGUACACUUACCAACUCUACUUGCGUCAAGGUUUGUUGAAGACCUGUCCACGAGCAAGCUUUGAAUAUCCUGUUUCCCGAACACAUCGCCAUCCAACGGCGAUUGAUCUAUGCAAGGGAGGAAACCCCGAUAUUAUAACAUAGCCUAGAUGAGAAUAGCCAUGAUUUGUUCGUGUGGUAAGCGGUCUUUGGAAACGCCUCCAAUACUGGAUGUGGAGAGAAUACUACAAGAUUAUGCUUGGAAAGAUUUUAAAGAAAAAAGUGGACCAGUUGAAAAGAUAUUCCUGCGCAGACGAGAUUUCGAUGUUGAGGUUCCUAUGAACUACUUCCAUUUUGAAGACUCUGAUACGAUUCUAAAAACAAAAGAUUCCAAACCAAAAACGAAAGCAGCAGCCGGUCAAUCUAUUCCAGAAACAUCGGUCCUGCAGACACAGUUCAGAAACAACACCAAUAAAAGUCAGACGUACAAGUUCAGAAUAGAAAGGACAAGGAAGGCCACGAUCAGCGUCACAUUUCAGAGAGGUUUUUCAAUUGGUGGGAAGGCCCAGUUUAAACUUGGGCUCCCGAAGAUGAUGUCUCAAGGAGGCGAUGUUGACAUGAGACUGCAAAUAUCCAAAACGACUGGGGAAACGUUUGACGAAACGCUGACAUUUGAGGCCAAUAGUGAUAUCAAUGUGGAGGAAAACUGCAACUACACUGCGAAUGUGGCCUUCACUGAGAAAGAAAUAUCAGCUGAGUUCAUGGUGCAGACGUUGAUGAGGAUGCCGACAGGAACAGCGCCUGUGUACAUCAGACGAAAACGAGACCAUGAACUUUAUGCAACAGUUUUUAUAAACGACCUCAAAGACGUUUUCGCCGAUUAUAAAGCUUCCGCAGAAAUCAUUGACGAGUCUGCUAAGGACGCGAAGGUUGCUCGGUAUGCAAUCAAGUUCACUACAACUGGAAUUGUUGAGGGAAUGCGGCUUUCUGGUCAGAAAAUAUAUCUUGACUCUAAGAAGUUAGACAAGGGAGAUAAAUCUGGCAUGGAGGUGCCGGUUGCGAGUCAAAGUGCAUCUGCAAUGAUUGCGGGAGUUGGCGCCGCACAUCAUUCUGGACUAUUUCGAGCUAAUUUCCCAUCAGACAGUGAUGAUGCUAAGGAAGACUCUACAGAUGGCGCCUCCGUGCCUACAUACAGAAGCAUCAACAAUGGCCAGUCGGAGACACGGAUUUUAAAGGCACCUCAGAUCCCUACCAUCAUAACCACAGCUCCAAGCUCUCAGGAAACGUCUCCUCCCUCUGAUGCUGGCACUAACACAAGUAUGGAGACACAAUCGCUUCCUGAGGACAAGAAUGAAGACGUUUUUGACAAGACGACACCUUGUUCUUCUGCAACACCUUCUCCAAAACCAAGUCCCGGAAAACUACCCUCUAAGGAUACGCAUAAGGAAACAGGCAAAGUGCCACUAAAAGAAACAAAGUCUUCGUCAAGAGGAUCUAAGGAUGAGACUAAAGUCCCCACCCAUGAGGUGAAGUCGCCAACGCAGGCUCCAAAGCCAAAGGUGGUGAAGGAAGACAGCUUUGGCAAACACAAAAUGGUGAAAGAGGACAGCCUUACCAAAGCUGAUGCCACCAAACUUAAAGCAGAACCUCAAAGGGUUAAGCAAGAGCCACAAAAAGUAAAAGAUGUCCCAAAGGUGAAACCAGAUCCCUCAAAGGUCCAGAAUAUUAAAAUCCUUACAAAACAGACCUCCAACCCUAAAGAGUCCACAGACGCACCAGAGAAGCAAAAGGAUGAGAAGUCAAAGGAAGAGAAGUCAAAGGAUGAGAAGCCAAAGGAAGAAAAGACAAAAGAUGACAAGUCAAAAGAUGAAAAACCAAAAGAUGAGAAGGUAGUGCUUCGUCGAAGCUUCAAACAUGAGACUUUGGAGAGAAUGGAAAGGGUGUCAUCGCUUUCUGAAAAGCCCAGAAUUCUGCCUAAAUCUGGGAGUUUACCCAGAGCGAGUGUUCAUUCGAUUGAACCGCAGAGUUCAGAGGAAGACAGCACAAGCAGUUUAAGCAAACUAUCUAAGUGCACUAGUGUCUGAUGAGUAGGCAUACAAUGACAACCCCAUAGAACAUUUAACGAUGGUCACAGUACGUAUGUCCUGACAAUAUUUCUGAAUAACCAAGCAGUUAGGAAUAGUAAACAUGAGCAUGCCGGUAUCUAAUAUCUGUAAAUACCAACUUUGUUCAAUUCUGCUGAGACUUGUUGAUACUACAUUCACUUCAUAGUAAGAUCUUCAGGAAAACUAACCUACUUACGAGGACUACUUAUCAGGAAAACUGCGACUUUACAUUUUGCCAACCACGUGGAUUCAAAUGUAAUAAAAGCAUUAACGUCAACCAUUGUAUCAUGA